AUGGAACUUAAUUUGAAACUUCACAUUUUCUCUGCUUUUCUCUCAUGUAUUAAGGUUCAUGCUCAAGUGUCGCAAUGGACGCAGCAUCCAGGCUUGCAGGUGUUGCGCAGUGCUGCACAUUAUUGGCCCCUCGAUGAUGUGAGUGGAAUCCAUGAGCUGUGGGACCAGAUUGGGAAGCGAACAGGUUAUGUUAACGGCAGUAACAUAACACUAAGAAUCCACAACCAUACUGUGCUCCCCUCCUCCCAUAACUCUUCUUAUGUGUAUACCAAUGACUCUGCCUACACUAACAUUUCUGCGACUGUAGACAUUGUUGAAGGAAUGGUAAACAAAGGCAUCUUUUUGAAUGGAGAUAAUGGUGGUACUUUUCUCCACUUUGGAACAUUUCAGAACACCUGCAUCAGUGAUCCAAUGCUUUGUGGCCCAGAGGGGAUUACCUUCUCCUUUUUCUGGAAAAACCAUGAACCUUCAGCACGGUUUGCUGUUGCGUCUGGAGGAAAAGUUAUCUCCAAUGGUUUCUCAGUCUACACUAAUCCUUUCAGAGGAUACGUAGAGUUUUACACAAGAGGGAACAACCAUAGGUGGAAGGCUGACAUCAGCGUGCCAGGGCCCUAUUGGACUCACAUUCUUUUCACCUGGACAAAAACUAAAGGUCUGGAUGUUUAUAUAAAUGGGACUUUGAAUGCCCGGGACGAGGUGGGCAGUUUUUCCGAUCACUAUGGUGACCUCUAUCCCGACUUGGUUAUCGGGACUGGCAAUGGCAAACCACACGGCCAUUAUGUUACAGGAGCCUUUGAUGAGUUCAUUAUCUGGGAGCGGGCUCUUUCCCCCAGCGAGAUCCUGCUCUACUACAAUGCAGCUACAGGUAGGACAUUGCAGCCUUCCCACGGUGACACUUUAGAAGUUUACACAACAUCACCAACAGUGAGAGCUGCUGAAGUAAGUCCUCCUGGGGUCAAAGGUGAAGAUGUGCAAACUCAAACAGACCAGGAUACCAUGCCUGUACUGGGGUUCCUACAGGGACUGCCCAAUCGGACCAUUUCUCAGAACACCGCCAACAACCUCACUCAGUCGUUUCUCAAAAGUGUAGAAGAGGUGUUGUCCUCUCCUGGGCUGCCAGAGCAGUCGUCAUCAGUGGUUGGUGGGCUCAUAGAGACUGUGGACAGAGUGAUGGAGCACAUGGCGACCAACCUGGAGCCGGGCCCUAAAUCUCUGGUCUCUCUAGGCGGGACGUCUUUUGUAGCAGAUUAUUCGCUGACGAAAUUCCCCCAAAACUACAACCUCCAGCAUUACCGCUUCCCAAUUCAAGGCAAGAACUACAUCUCAGUGCCCGGCGAGGCUUUCACCAUGCAGUCUCAAACUACAGUUGUUGGCCUCUUCUAUCACAAUAUGCACAAGUACUACAAAGAAAUCAGCCCAUUCAAAACAAGGAUCAAUGAAGCCACGGACUUUAAAGAUCAUAAGAUCCAAGUUGCAAGUAACCUGAUAUCCCUGAAAGUGGAGCCAUCUCCUGCCUUGUCAAUUAACCUUUCCGGAUCCCCGCUAAUCAAAAUCGUCCUCACCCACACUCUGACAAAGGAGCAACAGGAUCAAGUCUUAAACCAGAGCAAUAAAAUCUUCCUCUACUGUGCUUUCCUGGACUAUAGCUCAAAAGAAGGAGUAUGGUCUAAUGAAGGCUGUGUCCGCUCAGACGGGAACAUGACGUAUUCUGUAUGUCUGUGCAACCACCUCACCAACUUCGCCAUCCUCAUGCAAGUCGUGCCAAUAGAGCUCACCACUGGCCACCGGGUGGCACUGUCUACCAUUGGCUAUGUUGGCUGCUCAAUAUCCAUCUUCUGCCUUGCCAUUACUUUGGUCACUUUUGCAGUCCUCUCUUCAGUAAGCACCAUCCGCAAUCAGCGCUACCACAUCCAUGCAAAUCUGUCCUUUGCCAUUUUGGUGGCUGAAAUCCUCCUACUCAUCAGUGCUCGGUUUGAACCAGGCACUCUGUCUUGUAAAGUCAUGGCUGCGCUGCUUCACUUCUUCUUCCUGAGUGCUUUUGCCUGGAUGUUGGUGGAGGGCCUCCAUCUUUACAGUAUGGUCGUCAAAGUAUUUGGCUCUGAGGGAAGCAAACACUUUUACUACUACGGCAUUGGCUGGGGUUCACCGCUGCUGAUCUGCGUGGUGUCCAUGACUUCAGCUUUAGACAGUUAUGGAGAGGUGGAUAACUGUUGGUUAUCAUUGAAGAAUGGUGCCAUCUGGGCAUUUGUCGCACCAGCACUCUUUGUUAUUGUGGUAAACAUUGGCAUUUUGGUUUCUGUAACAAGGAUCAUAUCUCGCAUCAGUGGAGAGAAUUAUAAAGUUCAUGGAGAUGCUAAUUCAGUUAAGCUGACAGUAAAAGCAGUGGCUGUACUCCUGCCUAUUCUGGGGAUAUCUUGGAUCUUUGGUGUUCUUGCUGUCAACACACACUCUUUAGUGUUCCUAUACGUCUUUGCUAUAUUCAACUCAUUGCAGGGAUUUUUUGUCUUUUUGUUCCACUGUCUUCUUAACUCUGAGGUCAGAGCAGCAUUCAAGCACAAAACCAAAGUGUGGUCGCUAACCAGCAGUUCAAUUCGUAACAUCAAUGUAAAACCCUUUCACUCUGAUAUUAUCAAUGGAAACAAAGAUGGUGUUAUUCCCACUAAGAUGAACACAUGGGACAAAAGUGACAAUUCGGCCAAUCGCAUUGAUCUCUCUGCAGUAUAGGUCUCAUAGAUUCUCAGUUUGUCACUGAAGGACUAUCCAUUCAAAGAAUAAAGUGAGAAUACUAAAGUAAAUGUACAGAAUCAAUGUACUGUGCCUUUUAAUAGAUAUUUGAAUAUGUUGUGUGUUUUGUGACUUCUGUGCUCAGUUCAAUCCAUUUUGUUCAUAUAGAGUCUAGCAUUUAAAAAAUAUACAAAUUUAAAAAAUCAUCAAGGGUUUUUUAUGUUGCUUAGAAAAACAACACUGUCAAAAACAUAAUAUCCACAGCAAAUGUGAUGGAAGCUUCUCAUUAAAUCUGUAUUUUAGUCCAUUUCUGUUGCAAAGAGGAAGAUUGCUUUAGAAAGAUCAUCAUUAACUGCUAAUCUAGGUAGCCUUAGCUAAUGAGUUUUUGGCUAAAAUUGUAUUUAUUUAUUAUGUGACGUGAAAUCUUUUCCUCUUUUCUAUGACGUCUGUAGAAAAUGUCAUUUGUUUAUUUUUGUGUGUCAUAUUUUAUAUAAAUCAACUGAUAUUUUGUUGUACCUCACUUAAAGCUGCAUGCCCUGUCCUUGUGGAGAAAGGUAAAUGAUUGCUGUGAAGGUCCUGUGGCUAUUUGAUUUUCACAUUUUAAACCUUUGUAAAUAAAUCUUUUGGUACUUCGGUUCUUUGGUUACUUUGCCAGACUGUUAAUAUUGUGUGUUUACUGUGAGGAAAGGGACUUAUUUACUUAUUAAGGCUUACUGUAUCAAACAGGCUACAAUAUCAGGAUUCAUUCACUGUGACUGUACUCCCUUUCAUGUCAUACGUAUUUGCUUUUUAUUUUGAAUACUUUCUCAUGUC